AUGAAGAAAACUGACAUCAUACGUACAGUCGAGAACAGUCAAAAUAUGCAUCCCCACCCUCCAAAAGAAACGUAUUUGCGUGAUGAUGAAGAUUCUAGGCCGCGAGGGAAGCCAGCGUGCAGCGGCAGAGCAGGAGCGACAGCGAGGGGCGACUGCGAGGGGCGACUGCGAGGGAAGUGGGAACGAGCGCGCAGCGGCGAAUGCGAACGGGAGACCGUGUCAGACGUCGUGGCAGCGGCCGCGCUAGCAAGGUUUCGUCGCUUCGCUUUUCGGCCUCAAGGGGACUGA